CCCAAACCGUGGCUGCAACAAAACCGCUGAGGAUAAAACCGAAACAGGGGCAAGGCCAGCACUACGGCACUAUGCAAGCUACAACGGAUUGAUCAACAUCCUGAUCAUAGCAUACGCGAAAUGUCCUCCAGCCCUGGGCCUCUCUCACCGCAGAGCACAACGGCCCCGUCGUCUCUGGCGGCGAAGGUCGCAAACCCUCUCUCCUCCAAGGUUUCAACGGUGCUCUCGUCAUCUUAUGCGGAUACUGAGUUUCGGGAUGCGCUUGCGCUCUUAGACGAGCGUGGUGUCCAAAACACGGCAGAGACACGGCGUCAGCUGCGUUUGGACCUGCAGAAAGAGGUUAUUGACAGCAAUGGCGAGAUCAUCGAUGAGUUCGCCAAAGUCGCCGAGCAACUCCGACGGAUUGGUACCACCAUUAGCAGGCUGAAUGAGACCUUCAACGAGAUGAAGACACAGAUCGGCUCUGCUCAGAAGGCCACUUCGUCAACCCUGACGGAGGCUUCUCAGCUCAUGGUCCAGCGGCGCCAGGUCGAGCAAAAGCAAGCCUUGCUUAGUGCCUUCAAUGCCAACUUUGUGCUGUCUGAGGACGAGACGGCCGCGUUGACGCUGACCUCGGAGCCUGUCGACGACCUCUUCUUCGCUGCCCUCACCAAAGCAAAGCGCAUAAGCAAGGAUUGCGAGAUUCUCCUCGGUUUUGAGAACCAGACGUUGGGGCUCGAGAUUAUGGAGCAGACCUCCAAGAACCUCAAUCUAGGCUUCCAGAAGCUGUACAAGUGGGUUCAGAGAGAGUUCAAAACCCUCAAUCUAGAGAACCCUCAGAUCGGCUCGUCUAUCCGCCAUGCGCUUCGCGUGUUGGCCGAGCGACCCAGCCUAUUUCAGAACUGCCUUGACUUCUUUGCUGAGGCGCGAGAGCAUGUGCUAUCUAAAUCCUUUCAGACGGCUUUGACUGGCAGUUCUCCGUCCGGAAUCCAGGACCGGUCGGUCAAGCCCAUCGAGCUCGUGGCGCAUGAUACCCUGAGAUACGUCGGGGACAUGCUUGCCUGGACACACUCAGCUGCUGUCGGUGAACGGGAAGCCCUUGAGGGUUUGUUCAUCGGGGAGGGUGACGAGAUUGCGAAGGGGAUCCAGGCUGGGCGGGACAACGAGAUAUGGCGGCUUGUUGCCGAAGACGGCGAGGGUUCGGAUGCUUUCGACGCCGUGGAGACCUUGAAUGAGCUAGUCGACCGUGACAUGUCGGGGGCGGCACGCUUGCUUCGGCAACGAGUCGAGCAAGUGAUCCAAACCAACGAGGAAACGAUACUGGCCUACAAGCUCGCAAACCUACUCAAUUUCUACAAGGGCACCUUCUCGAGGUUACUCAGUCCGGAGUCGGCUCUCGUGGAGACACUAGGUGCGCUCGAAUCCGAAGCGCUCCGGCAGUUCCGCUCUCUAGCUCGAGACCACGUCGCGGCGAUCCAGGGCGACUUCCAGCAUACGCCUGCCGACUUGCGCCCUCCCGAGUUCUUGCUCGGCGCCUUGGAACAGUUGAUGGCCAUCAUGAAAACGUACGAAACAUCGUUCACAUCCUCGAGCGAUCGGGAAGAAGAAUUCGAGCCUGUACUAGCGGAGGCAUUCGACCCGUUCAUCUCCGGAUCCGCCAACAUGGCCAGGCCACUGCGCGCCCCGUCGAACUCCAUCUUCCUCAUCAACUGUCUACUGACUGCCGAGAGGAGCCUUUCCCAGUUUGAUUUUACGCAGCGUCGCGCCGCCCGACUGCAGGCGCAAAUCCAGGAGGAGAGAGCACGCUUAGUCGAGACGCAGUAUCAGUUCUUCCGGCGCGAGUCCGGUUUGCAUGCUCUGAUCGUGCAGCUGGAGCCACUUGGAGAGGGCAAGGAGGACGUGCAGAAAGCACUGUUGCUCGAGUCUGUCCAACCACCGGCGCUCUCGCAGGCGAGCCAGAUGCUAGACGACUUCCUACCGUCGGCAUUGAUGGAUGCGGUGGAGAAUUUGAAGAACCUCCAAGAUUCGAGGUUGGUUCAGGGUAUUACUGAAGAAGCAGCCGAGAAAUUCUGUGUCGAUUUUGAGCACGUUGAGGAAAUGCUCAUACUCGUGGAUGAGGCGAGCGAACAAGAGCAGAGCGAACCGGACGACUUCCAAAGUCUCCGAGCCCUAUUCCCUCGGACAUCGGGGGAGAUCCGUGUCUUACUGUCAUAGAAUUUAGCAUAACUCGAACUAUUUCAAGCCGUGUUGACAUCCG